AUGAAACUAGAUCCUGAUUUUGACACUUUUGUUGAUGAAUUCUCAACAAAACUAGAAAACUUUUCCAUGUCAUCCCAAUGGAUUAAUCAAAAUAAUCGGAUUAAUUUAAGAAGUGGUCAUUAUAUUGCUUAUGCCAAAAAUCCCAUUGAUGGGAAUUGGUAUGAAUUUGAUGAUAUGUUUGUCACUAAAAAAUCUGCUGAUGAGAUAAUGAAGAUCGAAGCUUAUAUAUUGUUCUAUAGUAAAAAAAAUCCUGAAAAAAAUCAAGAGAGAGUCUUAAUUCAGAAUCUAAUAAGGAAUAAUUCUGAAAUUUCUGAAAAUGGAACACACUGUUGGGUUUCAAGAUUAUGGUUUAAUAGAUGGCAAUUUAUGAUGACAGUAAGUUGA